AGCCGCCGCCACGUUCACCAUUUGUACGUCAUCGCCCGGUGCGGAUGGACGUAUGUAGUUGGUUACAUUGCCGUGGUUUGGACUCUUCAGGACGCGCCGCAACGGCAUCAAAGUCGGAGCAACACCCAAGCUGCCAAUUCCCUGAGGCUGUUGUUGAAGCCCCAAGAGAAGCAGCGAAGUGUCAACUAGCCUAGCACACAACCUGUUGAAUGCUUUUCUGAAAGUAUGGCUAGAUAUUAUAAGGGGGAGGUAAGGAGCGGACCUCUGGAUCUCGUGCUGAAAGGAAACUUCAAGAAGGUGAAGACCUAUCACUCCGUCCUGAUGUCUACCUCGAAGAGUGGCGUGGCACGGCUGGAGCUCUACGACAACUACGAUCACUCCCUUGCCCUGCAGCCCUCACUCAUGGUGGUAGGCAAGGAUGUGAUCAAAGUGGAGAAGGUCAACUACAAGGGGAAAGAAAAUGCCUUCCUAAUCAGUACCAAGGAUCACCAUUACACGUUCUUAACCAAAAGUCCUUUUGAUUGUUCCAUAUGGGUGGAGAAUAUCCAGAACAUACUACUCCUGGGAGCACAAGAGGCAAAAAAUGACAUCUGUGAAUCCAGUGAUGGAAUUAUACUGCAGAAUACUGAGUUCAUUGUGAAAAUUCAUGAAGACACAAAAGACAAGCUGAAGUGCAAAGGGACUGUGAAGUUGAAGGUGGAGAAUGGCAGCAUCAUCAUCAGCAGUAUUCCGGGCAAGAUGCUCACGGCCUGGACCCUAACUCACAUAAGACGUUUUGGUCGGGAAGAUAAAAACAUCUUUUUCUUGGAGGCUGGCAGGCAGAGCAGAAAAGAAGGCACUUUUAGAUUUGUCACUGAACAGGCAGAAGGCAUACUGCAGGCAAUCAAGACUGUCCAAAAUAAGAAGGAAACAAUGGAUGGACCUGGGCAUUCUCCCACUUCAAAGGUCUUUAAUUCUGCCCCACAAUCCCUAAUUGCCAAGAUGCAGCCUGCACAACAUAUAAAUGAUCCCUUAUAUGAAGAGUUUGAUAUGCUGCCUGCUGCCAACACCAACAAGCCCCAGGGGACUCAGGAAUUACAAGCAGCAGCUCAAGUCCCUCAAUCCUCCCUGAUUUCAAAUGUGCACACAUACCGAAAUACAGAAUCUACAAGGCCAAGCUGUGAACCAACAUAUGAUGAGCCAGUAAUGAUAACAGAUGCCUGGAAGUCUAAUGGCCUUGAUGAAGACUCAGAGUACAGUACACUGACGUUCUGUACAACAGUUCCAUCAAAGGUAUGAAACAUAAGAUAUAGAAGGGAGCUUUUGUUGCUAAAUUGCACUAACUAGCAGUUUUUACAACACUCUUUUAUAUCCUGUCGCUUUAAUUAUUUAUGAUUUCCAUC